AUCAUCAUCUCUUCUAGUAUAAAAAUUGUGCAUAUGUAAAUUCUUUGCAGCUAUAUCUCACGCCAUAUGAUAUGCUAGUAUGUGUGCAUAUCUGUAUGCUUGCAUUUAUGUUGAAUCAUCUUUGAGACGUGUUACUUGUGCCUGCAUUUACUGCUAGAGAUGGAGUGGUUUGGAUUAUUUAAACCUUCUUUGACUUUUCUAUUUUACUUAUAAGCCAAACUUCUCUAAAUUUUUAAAUUCUCAGAUGCAUCUGUCUUUUGGAUUCAAGUAAAGACAAAUUUAUGAUAUCAGAUUGAUUCUACUAUUAUUCCCACAUGCAAAUUGCAAUAGGGAGAUCUCUUUGAGUUGAAGAAGAGAGGAGACUUAUUUUGGGGCACAUGUGUGUAUUUGUUGUAGGGGGAUUGCAAAAUUUGAAUUGAUUGAUAGGUGCAAUGAGUCAUAGCAGAGAGAUUGAUCCUUUGUUGAAGGAUCUGAGUGAAAGAAAGCAGAGUUUUCGACACAAUGUGGUGAUGUUGGCUGCGGAGCUUAAGGAGGUUCGGGGCCGCCUUGCCUCCCAGGAACAAUCGUUUGUUCGAGAGAAUAUCACAAGACAGGAAGCGGAGAUGAGGGUUAAAGAUAUGGAGGAAGAGAUUUCUAGAUUGCAUAAGAAUUUAGAUGAGAGAAAUGGGCAGUAUCAAGAAGCAGCCUUUACGGCUGAGAAGUACCUCAAAGACGUGGAUGAUCUUAACUUAAAGCUCUCAGCUACUCAAGCAACAGCAGAUGCUAAUGCUGCUCUGGCACAGUCUGCCCAAAUGCAGUGCUUGGCACUAUUGAAGGAGAUAGAUGAGAAAAAUAAUGCCUUGAAAGAGCAUGAGGCUCAUGUUAAUAAGCUAGGAGAACAAUUGGAUCUUUUGCAGAAAGAUCUUCAAGCAAGAGAAAUUUCUCAAAAACAACUGAUAGAUGAAGUCCUGAGAAUGGAGCAUGACAUUAUGCAAGCAAUGGCGAACGCUGGAGGAAGUAGUGAUAGUGAGCUGAGGAGGAUUCUGGAUGAGGUUUCACCAAAGAAUUUUAACAACAUUAACAAGCUUUUGAAUGCUAAGGAUGAAGAAAUCAUGAAGCUGAGAACUGAGAUAAGAGUCAUGUCUGCCCACUGGAAGCUCAAGACAAAGGAUUUAGAAUCACAGUUAGAAAAGCAUCGGAGAGCAGAUCAAGAGUUAAAGAAGAGGGUCUUAAAGUUGGAAUUCUGUCUCCAGGAAGCUCGUGCACAAACCCGCAAGCUUCAAAGGACAGGAGAGCGAAGAGACAAGGCUCUAAAAGAAUUGAGAGAUCAGUUGGCAACAAAGGAACAACCUGGAGUUUCAAGUGACGGUAAACAAAAUAUAUGGGAAAGCUCUGGUUUCAAGAUUGUGAUCUCCAUGUCGAUGCUGAUCCUGGUUGUGUUCUCAAAGCGGUAAAACAAACUAUUGUUCUAUGUACAAUUAUUGUAUAAACGUUGGACGGCUUAGGUUUAGAACUUUAGAUGUCAAGGUGAGGCAAUUUGCUAAGCUAUAGGUGUUUAACUAUGUUGUAGAAUGUUAAAUGUAGAUGGUCUCUCUCCAUCUCUUCCGUUUAUUUACCAUCUCAUGUCGAGAAUAGUGUAGCCUGGACAAAUUUUUACAUAAACGUUUUAAAGUUUCUGCCAAUGUAUUAACUGCUUGCAGGAUGGUCAUUAUGCAUAGAUUAGAAAUAAAUUGUGAGAUUGUGAAUCAA